AUGGUCGCCGCAUCUACGUCCACGACCCGCAAGGUCAUCGUCACCGCCUUCGGCGACCCCUCCGUCCUCGCCGUCACCACGGCGCCCAUGCCGGCCCCCUCCCGCGACGAGGUCCAGGUCCGCGUCCUCUACAGCGGCUUCUCCGGCGCCGACGUCAACAUGCGCAUGGGCACGUACCCGAUGCAGCGCGGCGCGCCCCUCACCCCGGGCUACUGCUUCGCCGGCCGAAUCGUCGCCGACCAUCCCAGCUCCAACGGCUCUGCCGCCUUCCGCGCCGGCGACCUCGUCACCGCCGUCACCGUCUACGACUCCCAGUCGGAGCUCAUCAACGUGCCCGCCAAGUACCUGACGCCCGUCCCCGCCGGACUCGACCCCCAGGUCGCGUGCGCCCUGGCCCUCGACUGGAACACGGCCUACGGCAUGGCCGUGCGCAAGGCCAACGUCUCGUGCGGCCAGCGCGUCUUCGUCCACGGGCUCAGCGGCGCAGUGGGCUACGCCCUCAUGACGCUGUGCCAGAUGCGCGGCGCCGUAGUCUACGGCACGGCCUCAGAGCGCAACCAUGCCGCGCUGAGGGCCCGCGGCGCGCAUCCCUUUGUGUACACGGACAAGCGGUGGAUAGCCGCCAUGAAGGACCUCGGCGGCGCGCACGUCGUCUUCGACGCCCUCGGCUUCGAAAGCUUCGACGAGAGCUACGCCAUCCUCAGCUCGUCGGAUCCCAGCCUGCUCGUCGGCUACGGCGGCAACCUCGGCGCGCUGAGCGGCGAGGAGAACCAAAGCCGCUCAAUGAUCCUGUCUGUGAUGAAGCUGAUGCUGCGAAACCUCGCAUUCUGGUCCCGCAAGUCGACCACGAUCUACUCCAUCACCCGUGACGACAAGAACUUCCAGCCCGAGCUGAAGGAGCUCAUGAAGCUGGCGGGAGAGGGCACCGUCGAGGUGCCCAUCAAGCAGGUCUGGGACAUGGACGACAUCCAGGACGCGCACCGCAGCUACGGCAAGAGCGCUGGCAUGGGGUCGCUCCUCAUCCGGGUGGCAGCCGAUGCCUCGUCGUAA